UUCAUUUCCGGUUGGUCGAUUUUUCCCUGCUAAAUUGUGAAACUUCAAAUGGGUUUUUUUUCAACGGUUGUCAACCGACUCUAUGUCUAAUUAGGUAACUUAUUCACAAAUUGUGUAAAAAAUUGCCCAACAGUGCAAUCUUUUUGUAAUGUUUACCGUCAGAAUCAAAUAGAAAUGCUAACAAACCAGCAUGUUGAUGAGUCGAAAUCUGCGAUACUGUCAGCUGACGAUCACUGUUUGUUGUUAGAACAUGGAAAAAAGUCUUAGCCGAGACCGCUGGUGCAGACAAGAUCAUGGAAGUUAAAAUGGAUCCCCAUGAAAUGUUGAACAUAACAGAUGAGAAUUCUGAACACCACUCGGUCCUAACUGUCACUGAACCUGUGGCCAUUGGUGCAUUAGGAGUCGCAUCUAAAAGUGAAACAGGAGAAUCUCUCAUCUCUACGACCACAGCUGCUACUCUGCUGCCAGAACAUGGCGGCUUGGUUCUUGUUGAAACUUCACGAGGGAAUUUGCUGCUGUCAGUGAAUGGGGAUACACUGGGUACUGUUAGUUACACAGAUGCAGACAUUCAAGGGAGACAAAUCCUCACAACAGCAUUACCAAUGACUGGAAUCCUAACCCAGAAUGGUCUAGUCGAGUCACAGGGAACAACUUUGCUCAUCAACCAACCACCCACCCCAGGAGAGGGAGCUGUUGUAUGUGAGGGCACAUUUGAAGGGUCAGUUACUCCACUCCAGACUGACCAAAUCAUGACCCCUAAGUCACCAUUGACCAGUACUUCAUCCAGUGGUGACCAGUCCUCAGAAAAGAAAAGGAGAGGAGGAUGGCCCAAAGGCAAAAGACGCAAGCCUGCUCCAGACUUCAAUACUCCUCGGGCACCUGCUUCAGGAUAUUUGCUGUAUGCUAUAGAGCGCCGACAGGAAAUAAAGGGAAGCAAUCCCGAAAUACCAUUUUCUGAAGUGACCAAGAUUCUGGGCCAAGAGUGGUCUGCCAUGUCAGCAGAGAAGAAACAGAAAUAUCUUAAUGAGGCCGACAAUGAUAAGAAGAGAUACAAAGAAGAACUGAAAACCUAUCAAAACACUGUGAAGAAAAAGAAAAUGAAGACUGGCAUCAGAGGUGAAGAUGGUGAGUGGGAGAAUGAAGAGAACUACUCCCAGCUGAUGUCUGUAGAUAUGGAGGAGGAUGGCAUGAAUGAACUUUACUGUAGAAUCUGUGACAAGUACUUCAGCUCACAACACAAUAAAAAAGAACAUAUGUUGGGGAGACAACAUGUGCAGAACAUGGCAGGCGAGAUACAGAAAGACAUGGGCAGUACUCCAAAUUCUUCAACUCUGUCACCAACACAAAGACCAGUUCCCCCAGACCUAGGCAAUGACAGUAACCAAUCUGAUAGCCUCCCAGUGGGUGACAAAGAAUCUCCGCCCCUAGAUAUAGGCGGGUUUAUACAGAAUUUCAUACAAGACAAUUAUGAACGGGAAUUAGAAUUACAAGAAAUGAGAAAAUCUUUUAAACAUCUUCAGGAUGAAAACCUGUCUCUCUAUAAACAGAUAAAUGAAUUGAAGAUCUACCAGAACAAGUUGGAGGAUGAUAUAGCCAAUCACAAGGCUAUAGGUGCUAACCUUUCCUCUCAAACCGACACUCUCAAAAUGGUACUUACACUCUUUGGAGUUAUCAACUUCCAGGGCUGAUGAAUUCACUCUGUGAUCAAGUUUCAUGGCUGAGGAAUUUACUCAUUUUGUGUCAACUUCCAGGGCUGAUGAUUCUGUCAUAGACUUCUAGGGAUGGUGACAAACUACAUGUAAUUGAGGAUGGUUCCAUUAUAGACUUCCAGGGAUGGUGACAAACUUAUUGAGGAUGGUCCAUCAUCAACUUCCAGGGAUGGAGACAAAGUAAUUGAGGAUGGUUCCAUUAUCGACUUCAGGUGAUGGUGACAUACUUAUUGAGGGUGGUUCUAUCAUCGAUUUCCACAGGUGGUGAUGACCCAGUUGAGGAAGGUUCUGUCAUCUACUUCAGGGGAUCAUGGUGAUGAACUAAUUGAGGAUGGUUCCAUCACCAACUUCAGGGGAUAGUGAUGACCUAAUUCAGAAAAAUUUUGUCAUCCACUUUAGAGGAUCAUGGUGACAAAAUAUUUGAGGGUGGUUCUGUCAUCGACUUCCACGGAUGGUGAUAAAUUUUUUGAGGAAGGUUCUGUCAUCGACUUCCACGGAUGGUGAUGACCCAAUUGAGGAAGGUUCUGUCACCUACUUCAGGGGAUCAUUGGAACGAACUAUUUGAGGGUGGUUCUGUCAUCGACUUCCACGGAUGGUGAUGACCCAAUUGAGGAAGGUUCUGUCAUCUACUUCAGAGGAUCAUGGUGACAAAUUUUUUGAGAAAGGUUCUGUGAUCGACUUCAAAGGAUGGUGACCUUUUCUCUCUUUUAAAUUCUUUGUGGGAAAACAUAAUUGAGCUUACUAUUUUUCAGUGUACUUAGCUCAGUAGAUACUAUUCACAAUUUUGAAAGGGAGGAUAAUGUUUUUGAUGUGGUUUCAGCAAUUCUGAACUUGAAUCUGAAUUCCACGAGAGAUUUUAGAUUGUUCACAGAAUUUUCUUAUCUAUAAUACAACAAACAAAAACAUGAGUGUCAACUUUCAACUGUGUACUAAUAUUUUCUUAUUUUUAAGAGAAAACUUUUCAUGUGAUAUUACUUAAUUUCAACAUACUAAGAAACAAGAUAGCUAUAGUAUAACAUGUAUUAACAGAGGUAAGAACUAUCAACAUAACAGGUACAGGAUAAAAGGGAGACUAUGUAUGGUCAUGUACAUUGUCUUCAUGUGAUUGAAUGAAUGCUAGGUAAAUAUAUUACGUCUAAUGAAGUUAUAAUCAAUAUAACAAAUGAAUGAAUGAAUAAACAAUGAAUUAAAUGAAUGAAUGCAAUCUAAUUAAAAUCUAGAUGGUCAUUCUCACUACAUUAUAUGAACAUCUAACGACAUCGCAUAAGGGUCAUGUCAGAAUGACCUUUAGGAUUAACCAAUGAAAUUACUACUUACAGAAUCUUUGAAGUGAAUUCCCGGUCACAUUAUACUGACAAUGGGCGAACCAGUCGUCCCACUCCUAAUAUGCUGAGUGCUAAGCGGGAGUAGCAACUACCAUUUUUAAUGACUCUGGUACAGGGGACAGAACCCAAAGCCUUCCUCACUGGGGCGAACUCUCAACUGUAAAAAUAACCAUCUAGAUUUUAAUUAGAUUGGAAUGAAUGAUGAAUUGAAUGAAUGAAUGAUGUAUUGAAUGAAUGAAUGAAUUAAAUGAAUGAAUGAUGAAUUAAAUGAAUAAAUGAUGAAUGAAUGAAUGAAUGAUGAAUUAAAUGAAUGAAUGAUGAAUUGAAUGAAUGAAUAAUUAAUUGAAUGAAUGAAUGAAUGGAAACCGAGUGUAUGUAUGGUUCAGAUUGGUGUUUCUAUUUAAGUUAGAAUCAACUAUUGCCUGAAGGAAUAAAAUCUUAUCUAAACUGUC